UUUAACCAAUUGAAACCGCAGUUUUUUGUGCUAGUGUUCUAACACCUUCUCCAUCACCAGAUGGGUCUGCUAAUUUCAUGGUCCUUAUUCCUUCCUCUCUUGCUUUCGGCUUCAGUUGCCGACUCUGUUCAUCGCGGGAAUGAGACCGAUCGACUAGCCCUGCUCUCGUUCAAGGCCCAAAUCACGUGGGAUCCUUUUGGAACUCUCAACUCGUGGAACAAAUCCAUCCACUUCUGCCAAUGGGUUGGUGUAACAUGUGGCCGCCGCCACCCCACGAGGGUCACUAUGCUGAACCUGGAUGAUCGAGAAUUGGUGGGCCCCAUAUCGCCUCACAUUGGAAACUUAAGCUUUCUCCAGUUUCUAUUGCUGCGUAACAACAGCUUCAGCCAUGAAAUCCCACCACAAUUUGGCCGUUUGAAAAGGCUACGAGGGAUAGGGAUGCGUAACAGUUCAUUGACUGGUGAAAUUCCCACCAAUAUAUCUAGUUGCUCUAAACUCAUUGUCCUUGCCCUUUCUACAAAUAGAUUAUCAGGGAAAAUCCCCGUGGAGCUUGUUUCCCUAUCUAAGCUACAGGUACUAAGUAUUUAUAAGAACCAACAACGUGGAGGAAUUCCUUCUGCUUUUGGUAAUCUAUCGUCUCUGAUUAUCUUCUCGGUGGGAGAUAAUAGGAUUGGUGGGAGUAUUCCUGAUGCGCUGGGAAAACUGAAAAAUCUAGAAGAUCUUAAUGUCGGAGUCAAUAGAUUGGAUGGUACCAUUCCUUCCUCAAUCUUUAAUAUCUCUUCUCUCAAAAGGUUUUAUGCGGUGAAUAACCAACUUCAUGGUAUGCUUCCCUCGGAACUUGGAAAUACUCAUCCUAAUCUUGAAGUGAUUGAAGUUGGUGGGAACUUAUUUACUGGAUCUCUUCCAAUAUCCUUAUCUAAUGCCACCAAGCUGAACUACAUUGGUUUUUCAGCUAAUAAUUUUACCGGAAAAGUGCCUCAUUUGGAAAAGUUGAAUAAUCUCGGGAAGUUAAUCUUGAGUGGAAAUCAUCUUGGAUCUGGAGAAGGUGAUGACUUGAGUUUUCUUAAUUCUUUAACCAAUGCUACGAAAUUGACCCAUCUAUUUCUUACCAUAAACAAUUUCGAAGGGUUAUUACCCAACACGAUCAGCAAUUUCUCAACUGAUCUGGUCUGGUUGGAUAUAAGUGGCAAUAAAAUAGUUGGGAGCAUCCCAACUGGGAUAGGUAAUCUGGUCAAUUUACAAUUUCUUGGUCUGUCCGUCAACCAUUUGACAGGACAAAUUCCUUCUGAUAUUUGUAAGAUUCAAAAUCUAGUGUUUUUGGGUCUCUUCGAUAACAAAUUUAAGGAGGAGAUCCCGUCGUCUAUUGGAAAUUUGACUCAGUUAACAACUCUUCUACUGUCUGAAAACAAUCUUCACGGAAGUAUCCCUUCAAGUGUGGGCAAAUGUCAAAUGUUGGUGGAACUAAGACUUCAACAAAACAAUCUUAUGGGUACAAUACCCAUAGAAGUUAUCAGUCUUUCAUCAUUACUGCGUUUGAGCAUUUCUCGAAAUAGUUUAACUGGUUCUCUUCCGAUCGAAAUUGGAAAUUUAAAAAAUCUCGAGGAACUUUAUGUUUCUGAGAACAUGUUAUCUAGUGAAAUUCCAAGCAGUCUUGGUAGCUGCGUAAAAUUGAAAAUGCUAUACAUGGAGGGUAACAAAUUCUCGGGAGCGCUUCCUUCGUCUUAUAGUAACUUGAAAGGUAUGGAGGAAAUAGAUAUUUCUCACAACAAUUUCUCCGGACAAAUCCCCGACUAUUUCGAGAACUUUGUCUUCUUGCAUGUAUUGAAUUUGUCAUUCAAUGAGUUCGAAGGAGUGGUACCGGAAAGAGGCAUAUAUAGAAAUGCGACUGCGAUUUCAGUCAAGGGAAACAGUAAGCUUUGUGGAGGUAUAGCUGAAUUGGAGCUACAAAGUUGCAACUCCAAAGGGUAUAGAAAGAAAAGAUCUUAUCUUACCAUGAAUCUAAUAAUCUCGAUAGGUUGUGGGAUUCUAGGACCAAGUUUGAUGUUGUGUUUCCUCUAUCACUAUUCGUUUAGAAAGAGGACAAAUGUGUCUUUUUUCAGAUUACUAGGGAGCCCGUUUCUGAAACUGUCCUACCAAAGUCUACUUAAAGCUACUGACGGGUUCUCGCCAGCCAACUUGAUUGGCGUGGGUGGCUUUGGUUCAGUGUAUAGAGGAAUUCUUGAUCAUGGAAGUAAAGUUGUUGCAAUUAAGGUACUACAUCUAGACUUUGCCGGAGCUUUGAAGAGUUUCACCGCUGAGUGUAAAGCCUUGAAGAACAUCAAACACCGAAAUCUUGUAAAAGUUCUCACGACAUGUUCAAGUAUCGACUAUCAAGGCAAUGAUUUCAAAGCUCUGGUAUAUGAGUUCAUGGUCAACGGAAGCCUAGAGGAGUGGUUGCAUCCGAAUGAGAAUGAACUUGUGGUGCGUAGUGAGUCAAGAAGUUUAAAUCUUCUUCAGAGGUUAAACAUUGCAAUUGAUAUCGCUUCUGCAUUGGAUUAUCUCCACCAUUAUAGCUCAGAGCCAAUAGUCCACUGUGAUUUGAAGCCAACCAAUGUUCUUCUGGAUGAAGAAAUGAUUGGACAUGUUGCUGAUUUUGGGCUAGCAAGAUUCUUACAAGAUUCUACUUGUACUUCUUCUGUAAAUCAAUCAAGUUCCAUUGGCAUAAGGGGAUCUGUAGGUUAUGCAGCUCCAGAGUAUGGCAUGGGAAAUGAAGUGUCAACAUCGGGUGAUGUGUAUAGUUACGGAAUCCUUAUUUUAGAGAUGUUUACAGCCAAGAGACCUACUGAUAGAAUGUUUAUUGAUGGUAUUACUCUCCACAACUUUGCCAAGAUAGACUUGGCUGAACAAGUAGAGAGCAUUGUUGAUCCAACACUGCUUCAACAAACAGAACAGGGGGAGGCAAGCUCAAGCAUCCACAGUGAUCAGAGCCAAAGUUUUGCUAGAAGUCUCAAGAUUCGGGAGAUCUUGAUUUUAAUACUUAAUGUUGGGAUUGCCUGCUCAGAAGAACUUCCCAGAGAUCGACCGGCGAUGAAUGAGGUUCUUACUCGGUUGCAUGAGUGCAAGAAGAUUCUUCUCCGAGAUGGAAAACGUAUCAGAUGAAGUGUGACAAUGAGGAGGUAUAUGAACCGUUCACGCUUUUAGUUAACUCGACAAGAUGCCUGCAUUUGUGUUUAUGCCAUUGAAACUCUUUACUAGGCCAGCAGUAUUACAAAAUGCCUGGAUUGCCUACAAAAUGCCUGCAUUUCUUUAAUAAGUAUAUUACGGCUUGAAGCAAUCAAUUAGCCUUUAAUUUGGAAAGUAAGACCCUGUUUCAUCAGCUAACUUAAGGAGAAACUAAAUCAACCAUAGUCUUGUUUUUACCUUCAAAUAUUUAGAAAAUACGAUUGAAUCAAGAUCAUAGCUUACCUCUUUUGCCAAAUUCCUAUUCAACAUACUGAAAUCUUGAUUUCAAUUUUUAAGGUGGGAAAGUUCUUUGAUAAUGUCUACAGCUACUGAUUUGGGAUGUGAUUUGUGUUUGUCCUUUUU